AUGAAUGAUGAAAUAAAUUUAUUUCAUUUCAUAUCUUGGCAAAUUAAAACUUUAAAAUAUCUCGGUAUCUGGUUUCGUAUACAACCAGUAAAUAAAAUAAAAUUCUUCAUAAUCAUUUCUACUAAAAUAAUUAUUCUGAUUGUUGCUUUUAUUAUACCAGCGGGAGGUCAACUCGUUUAUUUAUCACGUUUAAUAUUUUCCGGGAAGGCUCAACUUCAAGAGGUAGCUGGGAUAAUAAAUUUAAUUUUAACGGAAUUAUUGAUCAUAAUCAAACUAUUUCAUUUAUAUUGUAAUCGGAUAAAUCUUUACAAAUUAAUGGAUUCGCGCGCGUCUAGUCGCUUAGUGGAAAAGAGCCUUAAGUGCAGAUUGUUUUCAGUUCACUUGGUAGUAGCCCCAGCCCUGCGCAGGUUCCGAGUGUUGCCAGUGAAGAUGGAUUUUGUUUACAUCGACGUUAACGAUGAGCCUUACUUCAAAUAUGUUUUUAUAUAUCAGAUUUUGUACAAGCCAGUUAUUGUGCUCACCUUCGUGGCAUUGAAAACAUUAUCUUGGUCCUGUAUUAUAUUUGCAAGUAAUCAAUUGGAUAAUUUACGACAUAAUAUAAAAAAUAUGAAUUCGUCUUUGAAAAAUUUCAUGAAGAAAAAUAGUUGUGAUAAAAAUUUUGUUUUCAAAGAAGUCUUUAAAAAUUGCGUAAAACAUCAUAACUACAUUUUAAGUUUUGUGGAAUUAAUUCAAGAGACAUUUGGAGGUCAAUUUUCGUUGACGUUAAUCUUCAAUGCUUGUAUAAUAUGUUCCACGUCGGUACAGUUCUUCUCGAUCCAGUGUCCCUCUAACAACAUAAGCGAGUUUACUUGGGUUUUCGCAUUCAUGUUUAUAUUUGCGAUGAUACUGUACGUUGAUUCUUAUUACGGUGACGCGAUUACAACUAAGAAUUUUGCGAUAUCUGAAGCGAUAUACUCAUACCCAUGGGUCAAUUUGUCGCCGCAACUGAAACGAAAUGUGCAGUUAUUUAUUGGCAAAACACAAGUACCUUUGGUUAUUAAAACAUCCAUACUAGUUCCAGUUUCUUUGGAUACAUUUACAAAGGUCAUGAAUUGGACAUACAAAGGAUUUGCGGUUUUAAAUCAAAUGAAGGCAUAA